GAUUUAGUCAUACCCGUGAGCUUAGAAUAAACGAACGUCGUGUGGUUAAGCGGAACAAUGAAGAGCUGUGUGGCGAUUGGAGUCCUUCUGGUACUGGUACUCCAAUACGGAGUUGUCCGGGUGGACGGUGAUAGCAGCGACAGCAGCAGCAGCAGCAGUGGAGAGAAAAAUCACAAGUACACCACGACGGAGCACAAGUACAAUUAUCCCGCAUAUGGUGGUGCGGGCUAUAUGCCACCAUUCCCUAUGUACCCAUAUCCAAUGCAAUAUCCCACGUAUCCUGGGUAUCCGCCAGUGGGUGGCUACCCUCCAUAUCCCUACAAUCCAUAUAUGCCGCCGCCAGCACCGCAAGUGCCUCAGCCAGCUCCUCCAUCGCCAAUGUAUCCCCCCGGCCCGUACGGAUAUCAAGGUGGCUAUCCACCACAGACGGGUCCUGGACAGAAUGGGGCCUACCCGAACGCGCUCCCCAAUCAGCCUCAGCCACAGCAGUCUGCUCCCGGCGCAGGAUCAGGAAAUGCACCCAACUAUCCUCCAGGCGGCUCGAGCGUUAUUAAUCACUCCCUUAAGGUCAACAAGGAAUACAACGAGGACGGACACCACCAAUCUUCAACGUAAUCGUAGUCGAGUUACAAUGUUACAUGAGAUUUUAAACAUUGGUUUGGGCCUCAAGUUUCACGUCGACGUUCAAUACAAUGUAGCAAAGUUCAAUUAAAUAGUGGUUGUCACAUUUA